AUGGGCCAAAAAUCUAGUCAAUUUUCCGCUGAAGAGUUAAAUGACUAUCAGGAUCUCACUUAUUUUACAAAAAAAGAAGUUUUAAUUGCGCAUGAAAAGUUCAAGUCUUUAGCUCCUGAAAAAGUGGGACAUAAUAAAAAUGCCAAAUUAGCACUAAACAAAGUCCUUAAGCUUCCUGAAUUAGCAGCUAAUCCUUUUGGUGAACGUAUGUGUCAAGUAUUCAGUUCUAGUCAAGAUGGGGAUUGUACAUUCGAAGAUUUUUUAGAUAUGAUGUCAGUAUUUAGUACUAUGGCACCUGCAGAUGUAAAAGCUGAACAUGUUUUUAGAAUUUUUGAUUUUGAUGGUGAUGACAUGUUGGGAAUCGGAGACAUAAAAAGAGUUAUUCAAUGUUUAGUUGGAGAACAAAAUAUUUUUAAUGAUAAUGAUCUUAAACGUUUGGUACAAAAAAUAUUUGAAGAAGUAGAUUUUGACGAUGACGGCGCUCUUUCGUUUUCUGAAUUUGAACAUGUAACUGAUAUGUGUCCAGAUUUUGUAAAAAUGUUCAAUAUUAAACUUUGAAAACAUAAGUUUAUGAAGAAUAUAAGUUUGGAAAUAGUAGAUAAUAUAAUAAUAAUUUUGUGGAUAAAUUAUACUUUAUUAUUAU